GUGCGUAAGGGUGUGCAGCGGUCACGGAAGCUGCUUGAAGACCGGCGUGGCCUGAGCGCGCGAGGGUUAGGAAAAAUAACUUUAAGCUAUAUUAUAUUUUACUUUACUGCCUUUGGUGAACUACGAACAUUAGCAGUGGUUUGAAACUUUCGAACAUGUAGUGUAUGCACGAAUUAUGUUGUUAGUGAAACUAGUGUUCACGUGAAAAUUGUUACACCAAUUGAUCGAACGUGAAUUAAUAGAUUGUCUGGGAAGUUCGUGACGUUUCUGACGCGAGGACUUUAUGAGACCAUCCGCUCAUCAUUGGACACUAAUUGUAACAUUCAGAUUUGUGAUUCGCGGUUCGUGUCGAGGGAGGGUUAAAGGGGUGACGCGUGUGUCGAUCAUAGUGGAGGAAUCAGGGGACCAUGAUGCCCCCCAUAAUAGGGGAAACACUUCGCGUAUGGUUUCUCUCGGCUUUAGUGGUACAUGGUGCUGUCGCUGGCAAUCCCGAUGCCAAACGUCUUUACGACGAUCUUCUAUCUAAUUACAAUAAAUUAGUGCGCCCCGUAGUGAACACGUCGGACGUGCUGCGCGUGUGCAUCAAAUUGAAACUGUCACAGCUCAUCGAUGUGAACUUGAAGAAUCAAAUCAUGACAACGAAUCUGUGGGUCGAACAGUCAUGGUACGAUUACAAACUGCGAUGGGAGCCAAAAGAGUACGGAGGAGUUCACAUGUUACACGUGCCGUCCGACCACAUAUGGCGGCCCGACAUAGUCCUCUACAACAACGCCGACGGGAACUACGAGGUGACGCUGAUGACCAAGGCCACGGUCUACUAUUCGGGAUUGGUCGUGUGGCAACCGCCGGCCGUAUAUAAAUCCUCCUGCUCCAUCGACGUUGAGUUCUUUCCAUACGACGUACAGACCUGUGUUUUGAAGUUAGGCUCCUGGACCUAUGACGGUUUUAAGGUCGACCUAAGGCACAUGGACGAGAAAUCCGGAAGCAACGUGGUGGAUGUCGGUGUCGACCUAUCCGAGUUCUACAUGUCUGUAGAAUGGGACAUUUUAGAAGUGCCUGCUGUACGAAACGAAAAAUUUUACACCUGCUGCGACGAGCCGUACCUGGAUAUAACCUUUAAUAUAACGAUGAGAAGAAAAACGCUUUUUUACACUGUGAACAUUAUUAUUCCGUGUAUGGGAAUUUCUUUUCUUACGGUUCUGACGUUCUAUCUACCCAGCGAUAGCGGGGAAAAGGUCACGCUCUCUAUCUCGAUCCUCAUCAGUCUUCACGUGUUCUUCCUGCUGGUCGUCGAGAUCAUUCCACCUACGUCGCUGGUCGUGCCGCUGCUUGGAAAGUACCUGAUAUUCGCCAUGAUACUUGUCUCGAUAAGCAUUUGCGUGACAGUCGUUGUCCUGAAUGUUCACUUUCGAUCACCGCAGACACAUAAAAUGGCGCCUUGGGUGAAAAGGGUCUUUAUUCACAUUCUUCCCCGCUUGUUAGUCAUGCGGAGGCCACAAUAUAAAUUUGAAACAAACAGAUAUAGUUCUGGUAGAGUGUUAAUGAGAACAGUGAGAGGUAAAGAGAAGACUUGCUAUUAUCCUUAUCAAUCAUCAACUCAAGAAGAUAGCGAAGAACAUUUAACACCUAAGCGAUUUCACAGCCGUGUUCCUUCAAAAGAAGACCUUUCUCCUUCGAGUCUCGCUGACGGUGCAAGAUUCGGCGGAAGUUGUUUAAUUCACGGGCCCCCGUUGCCGCCGCUUCCUCUUCACACCGAGUGCGAGGAUCUUUCCGUUUCCGGCGACGCAGGGAUCGAAGAAGUUAAAAGUCCAGUUCUGCGAAGUCCUCCGGCUUUUUCACACUCACGCUGCCCUCCAGAAAUCCACAAAUCCUGUAUCUGUGUGCGUUUCAUCGCGGAGCACACUAAAAUGCUCGAAGACUCAACUAAGGUGAAGGAAGACUGGAAGUACGUGGCGAUGGUCCUAGACAGACUAUUCCUAUGGAUCUUCACUUUGGCGGUCCUUGUUGGUACAGCUGGGAUCAUCCUGCAAGCUCCGACUCUUUACGACGACAGGGUACCCAUUGAUAAAAAAUUCAGCGAUUUCGCGACCACCACAGUAGUGAACUGUCCGCCGCAAUAGUCCAUGCCCGAGCCCUGCACCGUAGAGAAAGACUAAGGACCAAGAACCGGAAGUAACUCACUACCAACCCGGAAACCCAUCCUAGUCUUAGGAACUUCCGACUUCCAGCGACGUUCAAUAACGAAAUUACGGUAAAGGGGCUCCAUUUUCUAAGAUGAUUGUAAAGUAUACGACGUACACGAAGUGCAGGAUGCAAAACCAAACCAAAAUGGAGGGAGAUCCGAGGAGAUAUUUUCAGAAUUGAUUUUUCCUUUCUUGAUUGCGUGUAAAUAUUCCUGAAUACGAAAUUGUCACUGAAAUGGUAAUUAAAGUUGUAACGUUCGAAAUUAAAUUUCUGUUAAUGUUAAACAACGUUGAAUUAAUGAUGUAAUUAAUUAGCAAAGAUUAAGAAUUUAGUGGUUUGUGGUGGUAAUAUUAUAACAAGUUACCAAGUUACCAUUAUACUAAGUCUGAUAAUAUUAUAAUUUACCUUAGUUAAGCUUAUCUUAAUCUUAAUUUACCUCAAUUAGUAGUGCAAUGGAAAUAUAUUUGAAACAUUGUUUAAUCAAUUAUAAUAUAUUAUUGAAAAAUAAAUAACAUCACUUUUUUAGACUAAAAUCAUUAUGUGAAUACUACUUAUUAUUACUAACUUAUAAUUGCUUUACAAUAAUUAAUGUAUAAAUGACUACUUUGAUAAAAUAUUGAAAGUCUUAAAUAAAACUGAAAAUCUUUUUUUACUAAUUUCUUAUAAUAAUUUAAUAAUUUCAGAAAAUUGAAUUAUAAUUAAAAAUGAUCAUCUGAAACUUAUUUGCCUAUUUAAAGAAAUUCUUCAGCCGGGAAGACUUUACUAAAUACAUUACCAUUCAAAUUCAAUUUAUUCGCCAUUUAGGAAUAAUAUCUGAUUCAUUUGUAAAUAUGACAAUAUUUCCCUGAAAUAAAUGUUCAUUUAAUUUGUUAUUCAGAAACGUUACUUUAGAGACAAGGAAUAUCUCCUUGGAAUCUUUCUUUAUUCCAUCACCAUCGGCUCAAACUGAAUGACUCACGGGUCAUUCAUUCCUGACUGUUUUCGAGUGUCGUCACGGAGAACAGCGAACGACACCAUUUUGAAGAAACUUAUACCUAUAUAGUCUGCUCAAGUAAAUCGUAAUAUGAAGCUGCCACUACUUAAUCGGGUUUAAAGCAACAAGCUAAUUAAAGGUAAUAAUUAAUUUAGUUAAACCUUUGACUCACGUCACAGAUUCGAAGUAAAGGGGGAAAAGUGUUAACUAUCAUAAAAUCGAUCGAUCGGUCGACCAAGGGUUAUAAACUUUGACGAAUAAUACUGUCGUACGGUCGCGUGUUUUAUAUAUAACGUUUACCCAACACGUUAAGAGGAAAUUAUUCUUAGGCAUCACGAUUGUAGGUAGCUCGUUGUACGACACGAAGUUAGUGUGUAACUUAAUGUAUAAUCGAUUAGCUUUAAACAUUUAGAAACGUACAUACCUGUUUGUACGAAUGUAUCUAUAAGAAAGUGAGAUCACGGAUUAAUCACAUAUAAACGUAACGAAAUGUCACUCGAAAUUUCUUAUUUUUUCACGAAGUUAUUUAUUAAUUCGAAAUUAUCUCGUCUUGGUCGUAAUAUGAAUCUAUUUAAUUUCUUUUAAUAUUCUUUGCCAAUAUUUAUUGAUGAAAUGGACAAUAUGAAUUUAUAACGUGCUACGAACUUCUUUCUAUUUUUAAUUGGUUACUUUCAUUUCAUACAUUGAUCAUCUAAUCGUCAUUGACAUCAUCCCCUAUCAUUCAAAUUGAUUUAUCAAUUGAUGUAAUAUUGAAAAAAGAAUUAUUUAUAACGAUUUAUUUAAAAAUGCUUGUCUAAUUUUCCGUUUAAGCACUUAACGAUGCACCUGUGGAUCAUACUACCUAAAUGCUAUUAUGAAUAAUUUUGUAAGUGCUUCUAAUAACCCUUGUGCGCCGUUCGAAACCAAUUUAGUCUGAAAGGAAAAUCAAUUUGUUUCCUAUCAUACUUUUUUAUUAUAGAAAUAUGUAAAUUAAUUAAUAUAUAUAUUAAUAUAUAUGUUUCUGCUUAAUUGAAUGUCGAAUUGUAUUCUAUUUUUAUGAAAUAUUAAUUUAAAGUUUAACUGAACAGUGCGAUGAAGAUAAUAUAUUUCAUUAAUGAAAUUCAUAGGUUUACAAAAUUUGAAACAUGAAUGGAUAAGAAACAUGAAAUAAGUAUAUUACCAUUGAUUUUAAGCAUUUAAUUGAGUAAAGAGUUAAUUAUAAAGUAGAAUAUUGAAAUUAAAGUAUCCUCUAAACCAAUAGUUUUUGGGAUAAUAUUAUAUUUUAGUAUCUUUUUAUUAGAAGCUGAGUACGCAAUUAAUCAAAUCAUUAAAGUUCAUACAAUACCACUAAACAGAAAUUUGACUUUUAAAAUUUCUCUUAAAAUUUUACAUCUUGUGUAUAUAACGCUCAUUCUCAAAGUAUUAUACUUAUGAUUUUGAUUAAAAAGUAACAAUCGACGACUCAUAAUUUAUAAGAACUAUCAUUCUUUGUUACAGAAUGACCACAGGUGAUUUACUCUGCUUUAAAACUUUGAUUAUCCUUUAUUAAUUGGUAAAUAUCAGUCUCACCACGGUGGAAACUAUUUUAUAAAUUAUUCUAUUACCCUUGACAGAAAGUAUUUGUUCAAACAAACCAGACAUCUGUUGUAACAAUAAUUCACUUGUCGAACAAAAAGUAUAUUCAUUAAAUUAAUAUUAAGUAAUAUUUUUCUAAGAACCACCAACUUCUCUAUUCUAUUUCUUUGAUGCUUUUAACCCGUUUACAAAUAAGUCCUUCAACGAUCAAUGUCACAAUUUAACUCGAACACUUUCUGUCAAGGAUAAUAGAAUAUCCAUUGACGAUCCAAUCUUCCAUAGUCCUUUUCUUAAUACUAAAACCAUCAAACGGGUCAAAAUGACCCUAUCCUAAUUUCUUCUUUUUGCAAUUAUUAAAAAGAUAACAGAUAUUUUUCUGAGAAAUUAUCAAAGAAUUAUUUGACAAUACAUAAACUGAAUUAGAAAUCAAUUGAAGUCUCAAUUCAUGCAUUCUCGAAAUUUCAAUACAGGAAUUUCGAGAAGUCAAUUUGACUGCUCGCUAUUUUUACUAUUAAUUAUUCAAGAAUCAUCUGUCAGCAGGCAUCCUGAAAUAACAAAUAAAAUCCAUAGAAACGAACACGAGUCAUUUGCAGAAAUCUCAUCACUCACGUCUACUACUCUGGUUAUAAGCAGCUCGUUAUCGAGUGAAGUUUCGUUACGUACACCACUAGUCUCGGUGAGAAUACUGUAUUUUGUAACGAAUGAAUCGAAAACAUGCCACGCGAGACAUAACAAUAAUAAUAACCGAUAGUAUGAUAAGAACAAGUAAAGCAUACGAAUUCUAAAGCUGAUAGAUGUAGCUGAUUGAACAACCGAUGAACCGGUCGUUGUUCAAUGCCGUAGUACGUGGUUAAUGUUUACUGUGGGUUGUCAUCGUUUUCUUCCCUCAGUUAAGUUUCCAUAACCCGUUACUUUGUCCGAACAAAACGCGCCGUGUAUAAACAUCCUAACUAUCGCAGUGAAUAAUCGUUAGUUGCGCCUCGUACAAGCGGACUGAUACCGAACACGUCGGAGAAUCUGCGAUUCUCUCGCGAAACAAACGAAAUUAACCUCUUGCGUUAUAACAAUGUGCCAGACUUGUGGUAAAGAUUUUCAACACGAUGCAACAAACACAAAUGUUACUCGGUUCAUUCGAAUUCAAAGCAAUUAUCCUUCUGCAAUAAAUUAUUAUACUUAACGCGUUGCCUGCCACGGAAAUCUCGACUGUUUCAGGUAAUAAUAUUUAUUCCUUCAUAACAAAGGUAAACGGUAUUAGAAAUAAUUAUUAACAGUUUGGUAUGGCAGUAAUUAAGUUACUCUAUUAUCUCGUUAGUUAUGUCACUAAAUAUUUUCAUUCGAUAUCAAUUGUUUUCAAGUAAUUUGGAGAUGCCGGUCAUCGGUGACCACCGUGAUAGACAACGCGUUAAAAGAAAACAUAGGCAUAGAGUAUAUCUAGAAUUUUUCUCUUUUUCCAAUAAAUUAUUAAUGACAAAGUAGUCGUGUCGAUCACAGGUGAGAAAAAAUAUUAUAUUGCAAGGGGUUAACAUAAAAGCAAAAGACAAAAAGAAAGAAGCAAAAGAAUAAUGCCCGACUCCGAUUAUUGAUUUAUAAAAAUUCGCGAACGUCAUACUUUUUUCCACGUGAAAGCUGAGUCUUGGUUCGAUUUCACCGGGAAUCUCGAAUUCUUCGACGGGUAAUUACCUUAGGCAUGUUCAUAGCUGGGAAAUUUAUUAUACAUAGCUCGAACGCAUCCGAAGUAAGAUGCCUUACAUCACCGUUGGAUCUGUAAAUACAUUUGUAGGAAUGAAUUGUAUCGGUAUUACGUAAAUACUGCCAUUAGAGAGUGUUGUUAGCGUGAGAAAUGUGUUUUGUUUUGUAUCGCUGUGUCGGUAAACGCCUCGAUUAUUCGUCAGCCAGCGACUGAACCAAUCAUGUGCGAGGGUUAAUUGAUAAAUGUCUCGGAAUCUUAUCGAAUCUCAUGCGAUGAUGAAAUAAAAAUAUUAAAUCCUCGUGUUCUCACGAUAAACACCUGUGGGUUACCUUCAAGGCUUUUAUUAUACCGAAUUCUUAUCGAUAAAACACGCUACUCACUGUACCUUGUUCAGGUAUGAUGAUCACCAGUGGUUCGUGCUGUCGGAACGGUUUUUAUUGGAAAAAAUCGACACUGGUCGGUUGUGUCAGGUUGCGCCUCUCGUAUGACACGUUAAGGCAACGGUUCUUAACCAUUUCAACGACACAGAAAAAAUUCGCUUUUAUUAGAGAAAUCGGAAGGAAGUUCAUUAUAUUUAGUCUCAAAAGAAAGCUUGAUUAUUUCGUGUAAAUUUAUAAUUAUUAAUCUAGAAUACAGUUUCAUUGCUCUUUCAGGGCAGUUUCCCAUCAAGUGAUCCAUUUUUCGAAUCUACUUCUUGGGGUAAUAUUUAAAAAUUUGUAUGAAAUAAAACUUUCUGUUGAGACUAAAAAUAAUAGACUUCUUUUUGGUUACUCUAAUAUUUUAUUUACAAAAUGUACAAAUUUUUUACAAUAAAAUAUUUAGUUAUAUAUUGGAAGUUUUUGGUAGUUUUUAUAUACUCUUAUAACAUUUAUUGUUUUGCAAAAAUAUGCUCUUAUAGUUUAUAAUAUGCUUGAAAUUAUUAUAUUCUUUCUAGAUCUAUAUAUUGAACAGUUAUGUAUAUAAUUUUGAUUGAAACGUAUGUGAAUGAUUAUUUUUAAUGAAUCUGUGUUACGGUUGCUUUCAGUGUCCUCAAAUUCAUCUUAUAAUCAAAAGUGCUCGUUGACUUAGGAAAGGUUAAGAACCACUGCGUUAGGGGAUCCUUUUUAUCAAUUAAUGCUUGUAACAUCGAAUUCGACGUCAUUGUAAUCUUCCAGUUCCAGAUUAAUCGGAGAACGAUAGAAGUGUAAUAGAAUAUUGACCAGGGCGAAUGAAUAACGAGCGUUGAGUGAAUUAAUGAGCGAUCGGGGAUCGGUCUCGGGACACGUGGUAUUUUCUACCUGAUCGAUAAAUCGUCCAGAAAACGCCGAAACACGGUCGAAGCGGUCUGCAUCGUCGAUCUUGGUAACCAAGACGCCAGAAUUCUCCCUUAGAGGAACGAACAGAUAAGGAGUUUACUUUGCACUAGAACAAUAGGGAAGAACGCACACAAUUUUCUAUGAUAGGGUCGGUUACUACAUAAUUUACGUGUUAACGUGGUAAUUACUCGUUAGUGUGUUAAAACAGCUGUCGCGCAGUGGCCAAUACGAUUGAUUGGAAAGGUUAAUUCGUAUUUCCGAUGUUCUUUUUUUUAUUAUUUAUGGGAGUUCAGACCCUUUAUAUCAUAUUAUACCUAUUAUUAUAUCAUGUUGUAUUAUGUACACCUAUUCAUAAUAUAUUUAUGUAUAUUAUUUAUCACAUACUUGGAUAAUUACUUCAUUAUUAGUUAUUUUAAGACGUAGGGUAAAUGAAUCGCCAUUAAUAGCACAUAAAAAAACUGUUUUAGAAGUCUCACAUAACAUUUAUAUUAUAUGAUACUUAUAUAAAUAUUUUGUUGCACUGUACAUUUCAAUAUUAAACAUAUUGAUUGAAACAAGGACUCAUAUAGCUGGUCAUCGGAAGUCCAAGAAUCAUCUGCUACAAUAAACUAUUAUUAUAUAUUCUCACGAAAAUACUGGCAACAAAAGAAUCAAUUUACGAGUGACCGAUGAUCAACAAGUAAUUUGAUAUUCAUUGUAUGAACAAAUUUUAAUUUACUUCCCGUCGAUUCGUAUAUAAGGUAAAUUCGUACUUAUAUUUACCUUCUUUUCAAUUUAUAUUUAAUUCAUAUUUACUAUAAAUUCGUAUUCAUGUUUAACUUCUGUUUAAUUUACAUUUAAUUCACAUUUAAUAAUGCGAAAGAUAUUCGAACCUCGCCUAGAGCAAUCACUGAAAUUAGCCACUGUGUGUCGAGUCGUUAGCCUCGAUCCCCCAAUGACGAACCUUAAAGUUUCACUUUGACAAUAGUAGAUUAUUUCACCGAUAGUCAGCUAUUGUUACUUUGAUAUUUUAACAGUUGUUAAUAAAUCGCAGACGUUUAAUUAUUGUUAGGUAAAAAGGCGAUCGAAAUAAAAAGUGCUUUUCUCGAUGAGGAAAAACUGAUGAUAUUCGAACGAGAAGGACAAGCGGUAUCUAGUUAGGUACUAGGGGAAUAGAACAGACUAAUUGAUCAUAAGGUGUAAAUAACUUGUACAUAGACAAAAACGUAACGUAAGUCAGAGGCUAUAAAUUGGACUUUUUUUACUAUUUCGAAAAAUCUGAGGGAUCUCAGAAUAUCGUUCAGAACACGAUGGUCGGUAGCGAGAACAUACUUCUAACUUUUAUUUAUCAAUGACAACGAAAAAAUCAAACUAAUUUGCGUUCCAUUGAAUUGCAUAAUUAACGUGAGUUCCAUGUUAUUUCAAUGUUCAGCUUGUUCCGUUAAUAAUGUUGUUGCUUAUGUUUCAUUUUCAACGUAAUGAUACUGGAGAUAUUUUUUUUAUUAUAAUAACUUCAUAACUUGGCUGAAAGAUUGUCAUUCAUUUGAAUCGAGCGAUUCGUUUAAAAACGAAACAUUACUCAUGGAAUCACCUACUAACGUAAAACGUAACGUGUAAAUGUCAUAUUUAAGUGUACUGACUGUUGUGAACCGAAGCUUUGAAUGAUUUGGAUAUUUAGUAAUAGUUUUACGUCAAUAUUUAAGUAACAUGGAAUAAAAUAUUGUGAAUAUAAUGUACUCAAGUUUUUGUACUGUGUUGUCAGCUAUUUUGUCUUCGCGUGAUCGUGAUUUUAAACGGAAACCGCGACUGUUUCUUUUAUAUCAUUUUGUUGUCUCAAGGAGAACGAUUGUCAUGGAAUUUAUUCGCACGAGUAGCGAUUAACGAGUCUAGUCGAACCAUGCAGGAUACUUCAUUUAAUCUGUUACUAAACAAUAUUUCGAUCACCUGAAAUUAUUGAAACAAUUACAAUGUUAGAAAUUCAAUAAUUAAGAUAGGUAUCUUAAAUAUUAAAAUUAAUAUUAAUGUACCUUUGAAACGUAACACAUUUGAAAUUUUAUUUGCUAACGUUUUUAUCACCUAAAUGAUUUGUUGAUUACGUUACAAGGAGAUUUUAUAAUAAAAAUUCAUAUCGGUUAAUUUAAUAUUGACUUUUAACGGGUCGUAUGAUUUAUCCUGUAUAAUGUAGAAUAAAAUUGUAAUACUGAAAAUGUUUAUGCAUUAAAUGCAGAGUUUGAUAAUAUAAAAUAAAAUGGAUGGGAAAAGUUUAUUCAGACGUUUACGUUGCUAUUAACUUGCGUUAAUGAAGUAUUUAACGAAGGAGUAAGAUCUUUGUUGGAUCGCAGCUUUUGUAAAUUACUCUGUAAAUGUGUAAUUCUGCAUAAACAUUUGCAGGCUAAUGAUAAUACGCUAACAUCGUCGGUUAUAGUGGCCUUCGGUUGGAGCUACCCUCCAUGACAGAGAAAUAUUACUAAGCACAUUCAUUUUAAAAUUAGAAUGUGGCUCGUGGAGUUCAACUUUAAAUUUCAAAUUCAUUUCGAAUGCUACUGUUGAAAUUUCAAUUGAAUUUAAGAACUUAAAAAUAACAUUUGAAUUUACAUUUUAUCAUUAAAUAUUAAUAUAUAGCUAGGAAUUUCAUUUUCAAAUUGAACUCAACUAUUCUAAUUUGAAUCUAGAUUUAAAGGGUUAAAACUACAGUUUGUAUUUCAAUCUAACGAACUAAAUUUGACUUUGGAUUCUUUAUACGUAUUUUGUCAAUGUAAUUUAAAUUUAAAAUCAGCUGUAUGAACUUCAACUUUUGUUGACGUCGUAUCAGUAUUGUUAGUUUUUAAAUUUUAAUUUUAUUCUGAAUUCAAUUGCUAUAAAUUUGAUAUUUGAUUCAAAUAUGUCCAUGAAUUUAUCUGCAUAGAGUAAACUUAUAAAAAAUUUGUUGAUUUUCAAAACAUUCGAAUAAGAAAAAUAAAAUCUGCAUUAAGUACUUAUAAAUUCAUUCUUGUUUGUAGAUUUAACUAUGAAUACUUUCCAUAUAAAUGGAAAAGCUACAGAAGUAAGUUAAAAGAUUGAAAUUGGAACAUAUAUCAACACAUACAUUUUUCAUUUUCAUAUAUUCCUCGUAGACUGCAGAUUUUAUAAUUUUAUAAUAUAUAUUUAUAAAUGUAUGAGACAGAAUGAAAUAAGGAAUUGUACUGGUUCACUCUUUCCAAAAGGGUAAAAAUCUAAUCGUUAAUGAACAUACGAAGGAAGACUUCAUGGACAUAAGUUUUGUGUUUUUAUAAAAUUGAAGAAUUUAAUAAUUCUUACAUAAUUUAAGUACUAAUUGCAUAAUUCGCAUCUCGAAUAAUUCAAAAGUUUAAUCAUUUUAACAAUAAUGUUUUAUCUGCGAAGAUACAUUUGAUCCAUCUAAUCAUAAUAAAUCGAUCAUCUGUCCGUAACGGAAACAAGAUAUAAAGUUCGACUCGUUCCUCGAAACAGAAUAUAAUACGAGAUAAACGAAACUUCCGACGUGAAAAGAAAUGGAAACGGGCGCAAUUGUCUCGUAAUAUUAAUGAAAACAAGUAGUUGAACAAAUUCUUGAUAACGGAGAACGUUUUAGUAACGUAGGCUAAGAGUAAGUAAGGAUGACGGUAUGAAUUUCAUAAUUAAUGAUUAAUUAUAGUAAAACAAGUGUACUAAAUAGUACUAGCGCUAUAAAAAUUCAGGAAAAACUAACGAGCAGAGAAAAGUAAAAGUAAACGUUGAAAAUUAUCGAAGUAUUGAUUACCAUCGUUAGAUACGAAUACUAUGUAUAGCGUUUGUUAAAUAUGUACCUAUGAAUUAUCGAUGACCGUCGUUCUAAGACUACACGAUGUAAGAACGAGAUUCUUGUUGCUUGGUUUUGUAAUCAUGCUUGACGAAAGCAUUUGAAGAAUAAAACUUGUUGUCGUAGAAACCUUUUUUUCUUGUCACUUCAUCUAUAUAAAAUGGUAAUUAGUGAAGUUUUAUCCUUUUCAGGACAUAUUGCAAUAGGACUAAAUUUAGGAUCUAUUUUUCAUCUUAAAUUUUACUCUUAGUUCUGCUUUCAAUUUUAAUUUAUUAACAGUAGAACAACCGAAAUGAUUUAAAAAAUAAAUAGUUUCACUUGAAUACUAUAAUUAUAAUAUAUACAGAAACCGGAGAAAAAUAUAUUGUUACACAUUUUACAAGGAUUACAUAUUAAUCAUGUUAAACACUCGUUUGUCUUUUUAAUCAUGUUAAACAAUAAAUUAUGGAAGUAAUUACAGUAGAUAAUAUAAAAAAUAUAAUUUCAGAUAUAUUCGGCUCUUUCCUUUUUAAAGAAGAGUUAAGGCAGAUAUUAUUCUAUAAAUAACUCUUAAUUAUAAACAAUCAUAAUUAAGAUGUAAUGUACAUGGUAGUUCAUAUUUGAUAAGAUUCAAAGUUUAGAUUUGAAGUUAAAGAAAUUUCGUAAUCAAUACAAUAUAAAUAUAGGUAUAUAAUUAAUAAUUAAUGGAUAUUAAGGGAUAUGGUGCACAAGGUAAAGGAAACGUAAAUUAAGUACAGAAACUUCAAUAUAAUUUUAAAGAAUAUAUUUGUUACAAAAAUAUUUUCGAGUAUUCAACAAAGAGCACAGUAUAUAUUUUUAUGUACUGAAAUGUUUACCGUUAAGUACAGCAUAGUUACGGUAUUAAGAA